AUGUCUAAAGCGUCCAGCAACGACAACCUUUCAUAUAUAUCGCAAGAUUUCGGCACCACCAGGCUCUCGUCGCCCGAGCCGGCGGCUGUGCAUGUUUCCAAAUGGCAGCAUUUUGUUGAUUCCUUCAAACCUGCUGAAGCAGACCACUCGUCGCUGGAAAACGAGUCGCUUGAUCUGCUCGAGAAAGCCGUCCAGAAAACCGCCAAAUCCAACUUGAAGUCGUCGAUCAACCCAGUUUCUCAGGCUUUCAUUGCCCUUGGUGGAUGUGUGGGCUCGGGUCUUUUAGUCGUUUCUGGCCAGGCGCUUAACGCUGGUGGGCCUGCUGGUAUUCUCAUUGGCUGGGCCAUCGUGUCUUCUUUUCUUUACUGUGUGAUGCAGGCGUUGGCAGAGCUUUCUUCGACGUUCCCGGUGUCGGGCGCUUUUGCUGUUUACGCCACUCGUUUUGUGGACCCUUCGUUUGGUUUUGCUGCUGGCUGGAACUACGCCAUGUUCUGGGUGGUGGUUUUACCCUUGGAGCUUGUGGCUGCAUCGCUUGCCAUCGAGUUCUGGAAUUCCAGCAUCAACACCGUGGUUUGGGUGGCCAUUUUCUAUGUGCUCAUUUUGGGACUCAACCUUUUCGGAACCGCUGGUUUUGCCAUGACUGAAUUGGUCGCCUCGAUCCUCAAAUUGAUUGGUGUUGUUGGUUUUGACAUUUUGGCUAUUGUAUUGAUUUGCGGUGGUGGUGACGCCGGCUACAUUGGUGCUAAGUAUUGGCACAACCCUGGUGCUUUUAGCCACGGCUUUAAAGGUGUCAUUUCCGUCCUUGUCACCGCCACUUACUCUCUUGCUGGAACCGAGUUGGUGGCUCUUACGGCUGCUGAAUCCAGCACAAACCCAAGAAUUGCCCUCCCGUCUGCCAUUAAAAUGGUCUUUUACAGAAUCAUCAUCUUUUACAUGUUCACCUUGACGCUUAUUGCGUUUUUGGUGCCAUACAAUGACGACAGAUUAACGGCCAGCUCGACCGCUUUCGCAUCUCCUUUCGUUAUUGCCAUCCAGACCGGAGGCAUCACGGCUCUUCCUUCCAUUUUCAAUGUGGUUGUGAUCAUUUCGCUUCUUUCCAUCGGCAACUCCGCCGUCUACGGAUUCUCUCGUACCAUUCUUUCCUUGGCUGAGCAAGGUUUGGCCCCAAGCAUUUUCACUUAUGUCGACAGAAACGGCAGACCGCUUGUUGGCUUCCUCACUUCUGCCAUUGUUGGUUUGAUGGCUUUUGUGGCUGCUUCUCCCAAACAAGGUGAGGUGUUUGCCUGGUUGGUGGCUCUUUCUGCUCUUUCCACGCUUUUCACCUGGGCCUCUUGUACCUUGGGUCAUGUACGUUUUAGAGCUGCCAUGAAGCGCCAGGGCAGACCUCUCUCAGAGUUACCAUACUUGUCCAAGACUGGUGUUUGGGGCUCUGUCUAUGCCACUGUCUGCUUGACUGUGAUCUUGUGUCUCCAGUUCUGGGUCUCCUUGUUCCCCUUGGGCGCUGAUCCAGAUCCAGUGGUGUUUUUCAAAAACUACUUGGGUGCUGUUAUUGUGGGUGUCUUCUACAUUGGCCACAAAUUAUACUACGGUAUUUGCAAGAAGAAGUGGCGCUUCGUUGUGCCCUUGGAUACCAUGGACAUUGACACGGGACGUAAGGAAACAGACUUUGAUAAGCUUCAGCAAGAACUUUUGGAGGAGAGAGCUGCCCUCAGAGCCAAGCCAUGGUAUAAACGAGUAUACCACUUUUUAUUCUAA